AGAGCAUAUUCGCGGAGAGGAGAAACCCUACGUAUGUAAAGAUCCCACAUCUGAAACCUUUCAGUAGAAAGAUUUCAGACCGGGGGAAGUGCAAACACAUCGCGAGGAAGUUGCUGGUGCCGGAUUUGGCAGCGAUUUGCUCUGUUGGUUGCGCUCGCGUGUGGCGCGAGAGGAGCCCCAGCACGCGCACCGGCUUAUUCAGCGCGGGAGAUCCUCGCGCAGGGCGCCUCUCAUGGGACACGGCGGUGUCGCGAGCGCUCUGUGUCCAGCGAAACCGCACAUCAGCUGUUCGCGCCGCCGCGGGAGUGCUGCAGCUGUGCGAUGGGACAGAAAGGACCAGCACCAGUCCCAGACCAGGAGCGAGUCAGAGUUGGGAACCCAAACCCAAAAAUCUGCUGGUAUCAGGAUUGGUAGCUGCCGUACCCUCUUCAGUGCUCUUCAGCGUGUGUGUUGCAGGAAACAGUGAGAUUAUGCAAUUCUGGAUGGGAAACAAGCGUUGGAGCCGUGUGUUAGUGCUGGCAGUACUGGGAUCGCUGGGUGUGCUGGGAUUUUCUGCAAGGAGUGAAGCAAGCACUCUGGAUGCCAUUCUGCUGAGGAGUUCUGGGAAAGUGGAUGGAAUUCAGGAGACAGGAAGUGAUGCGUCAGCUCUACCUCAGCGCAUCCUUUGGUGCUACUGUCACCAUUGUCCUGAAGAGUCAACCAAUAACACCUGCAGGACAGAUGGCUCCUGCUUCACCAUGGUGGAGGAGGAGGGUGGUGCAGCUGUUCUGACAUCAGGCUGCUUGGGGCUGGUGGGGUCUGAAUUCCAAUGCAGGGACACAGGGAACUCACAUCAGAGGAGGGUACUAGAAUGUUGUACACAUCAGGACUACUGCAACAAAGAUUUGCAUCCUAUACUGCCCUCUCUCAGUACCCCCAGUCAGGUAUAUGGAGAUGUACAUCACAUCGCUCUCAUCAUCUCAGUAACUGUGUGUAGCUUCGUCUUUUCCCUCCUCAUUCUUGUCUUCUGCUUCAGGUAUAAGCGUCAUAUAGCUGCUCCCCACUACAGUCUGGGUCUGGAGAAGGAUGAGAGUUUCAUCCCUGCUGGAGAGUCACUCAAAGACCUGAUCGAGCAGUCCCACAGCUCUGGCUCUGGCUCAGGGCUCCCCCUGCUGGUACAACGCACCAUAGCGAAGCAGAUCCACCUGAUUGAUCAGGUGGGGAAGGGACGCUAUGGUGAGGUGUGGCUGGGCCGCUGGAGAGGAGAGAGAGUGGCUGUUAAAGUGUUCUUCACAACGGAGGAGUCGAGUUGGUUCCGUGAGACUGAGAUCUAUCAGACUGUACUGAUGAGACACGAGAAUAUUCUAGGGUUCAUAGCGGCAGACAUUAAAGGCACUGGCUCUUGGACACAGCUCUAUCUGAUCACGGACUACCAUGAGAACGGCUCUCUGUAUGACUACCUGCAGUGCAGCAGCCUGGAUGUGAUCAGAGCGCUGCAUCUGGCUCUGUCCGCCGCCGCCGGCCUCUGCCACCUGCACACCGAGAUCUUCGGCACGCAGGGCAAGCCUGCCAUCGCCCACCGUGACCUCAAGACCAAGAACGUCCUGGUGAAGCAGAACGGCACGUGCUGCAUUGCCGACCUCGGCCUCGCCGUGCGCUUCUUCAGUGACAGGAACCAGGUGGACGUUCCUCUGAACACACGUGUGGGCACUAAGCGCUACAUGGCCCCUGAGGUGCUAGACGAGACUCUGAACAGGGGUCAUUUCCACUCGUACAUCAUGGCUGACAUGUACAGCUUUAGCCUUGUGCUGUGGGAGAUCUUCCAGCGCUGUGUGUCUGGAGGUAUGGUGGAGGAGUACCAGAUUCCCUACCAUGAAUAUGUUCCUACAGACCCUUCAUAUGAGGACAUGAGAGAAGUGGUCUGUAUCAAAAGAAGACGCCCUUCUCUCCCCAACCACUGGACUGGUGAGGAGUGUCUGCAGCAGAUGGGAAAGCUGAUAGCAGAAUGUUGGGCCCAUAGCCCUGCCUCCCGGCUCACUGCCCUGCGUGUGAAGAAAACUUUGUCCAAGAUGUCUGAGGCCCAAGACGUUAAACUCUGACUUAUUUUAACCCACCCACCCUGACCCCCCUGGAUCUGACCCGCCCACUCUGACACUCCUGGGUCUGACCUGCCCACUCUGACACGCCAGUCAGGGUCAUCACUGCCGAUGUGAAGGUUGUUUGAAAAUGAGACGCUGACUCAUCACUGCCGAUGUGAUGUGAAUCUCUGGAGCAGUGGGCUGGUGCCUUCGUUACUAUGAAGGAGAGGAAGCGCUCCCUCUAGCGGACAGCACCAGAACUUGCAUCUUCAUAACAACUAGGCUUAUGUUGGGACAUUGUUUGAACGUGGUGGGGUUUAACGCUCAUUUUUUUGUUGUUGUUUUUUUUUUCUGAUGCCAGUACCUUGAUUAUUGUGUUGACAGAUGAAUACUACUGAAAAAUAUUUGUUAGUAAAACAAUCACCAAAUAAAAUGUUUCUGUGAGUCA